AUGGCCGCCACAGCGCCCGUCCCAAAGCAUACAUUUGCUGAAAGGGCCGCAGCAAAUAAUCUGAGUGAUUCACAGAUUCUCAAUUCCAACAAUGUAGCAGGCUCAAGUCUUCCCAAAGAGUCUGACGUUGUCAUUGCUGGUGGCGGUAUUCAUGGCCUCAUAUACGCUAUCCACUCCGCCAAGCACAAGCCAGGCAACCUCAAGAUUUUACUUGUCGAAAAAAACAGGAAACCUGGAUAUAAAAUUGGCGAAAGCACUCUUCCUGUCUUUUCCAUGUGGUGCAAGAUGUAUGGCCUCACGGCUGAGUAUCUCUUGCGCAUCUUUGGCCUCAAGGAUGGACUGUGCUUCUACUUUCUUGAUCGAGAGAACCAAGGAAAAUUCAAAGACUUUGUCAUCAACGGCACAGCCGGCACCCUUCUAAGCGGUUUCCAAAUUGAGCGACCAACCAGUGAGCUGUUAUUUACACUACUUGCGCAACGAAGCGGUGUAAAUGUGUAUCAUGGAACUGAAGUUAAUUUUGACGGUACCACAGUCGAUGGUGGUCUCAAUAAGUGCAAUAUCGGGAUUGCCAAGGGCAAAUCUAAUGAUACGCCGGAGACUUCAAUUCAAUCCUCGAUCUUGGUUGAUGCAACAGGUCGCUUUCGUCGAGUAGCCUCUAAAAAUGCUCCCAUUCACCGAUUUGAAGGAUGGAAUUAUGACGCCUUCUGGGGAUAUUUUACUAAUCCAAAGGAUACAAGUAAAAUGCCCUUUCCGCAUUAUGAAUCAUGCAAUACCAAUCACAUUUGUUUUCCUGAAGGCUGGAUCUGGGUCAUCCGUUUGCUCUCAUGGGAAGGCAGCCCAACGGCCAAUUUGAUGGACAUGAUGACUUACUUACUCGACUGCGCUGAGUCUGGUGUCCCAGCCGACCAAAUUCCAAGCACAGAUGAGCUAGCCAAGAUGUUCGGACUCAAUUACCGGUGGAUCACAAGCCUUGGCUUUGCGGUGCGCAACGAUGUCGAGUACCCGGAAGACAUGUCUGCAUACGGAACCAGAGAAGCUGAGCGCAGGUUCAACUAUUUUGUGGAAAAAUACCCUCUUAUUAAAGAGUUUAUGAGCAACUUUGAGCUCAUAGAAGAUCACUACGGCCCAGGUACAACUUGGUACAUCCGCAAGAGUUUAACAUACCAGUCUCCUGUUGUUUCUGGUCCAGGUUGGAUUUCUAUUGGUGAUGCGUGUGGCUUCACCAACCCUCUUUGGUCCCCGGGCAUCAACGUUGGCCUGUCUACUUCAACAUAUGCUGCUGAACUCACGCACAAGGCGUUCGACGCCGCAAAGAACGCUAACCCAGAGGCCGCUGAGCUCUCAAUUCGCGAAACAAUGGCCCCAUAUGACGCAUAUGCCAAACGUCUAAUUCCUGCGCUGAAUCAGAUGAAUUGUUUCAAUUAUGUCUGCUUUCGUGAUCCAAGGCUGGGCGCUCAAAUUUCAGCUGCUUGGCAAAAUAUUGCUAGCGCCCUUCAAGGUUGGGGGCGCAUCCAGGGGAAUUACACAUUAACACCAGAGACAUUCGUUGAUUACGCAACAAAUUGGUGCUAUGGAGCUAUAAAUCCAGCAUACGAUAUUGUGGCGCGUAAGGCCAUUGAACUCCUCGCACCUAUUCCUCUGAAGGAUGCUGUGCCCGAUCAUAUUGUGCAAGAAGUGAUUGAGUUCGCUGACAGCAUCAAGAAGUCUACCCUUGAGUCGGGCUGUAUCAACCUCCGAUGGGGUGGAUUGUUCCGCCGCUUCGAUAACCGUCUCAACUACUUAGAAGAGAAAGAAACUAAAGACACUUUUGCACGCCCGUGUUCAAAUUGCUCUUCAUGGUUUGUGCUUCGUCCUGAUUGGAAGAAGUGCUACUCUUGUGGUACAGAGCGGACCGAUGAAGAGUCAACUAUUCUUUGGAAUCCUGUGUUAGUUUAG